AUGGAGCCUAAAGCUCUUGCUCUCUGCCUGUUCCUUUGGUUUCUCAUACUUGUCUCGCUUGCUUUAGCUUCUGCUUCCUCCUACUCGAGAGGGCUCGAUCCGAAGACCGCGGCACUUCAAGAGCUGGACCGCGUCGUCCAUCUUCCUGGCCAGCCUCCAGUUAAAUUUCGACAUUAUGCUGGGUAUAUCACUGUCGAUGGGAGCCAUGGAAAGGCUCUCUUCUAUUGGUUCAUCGAGGCCACUCACAAGCCAGCCAAGAAACCACUCCUCCUAUGGCUCAAUGGAGGGCCUGGUUGCUCUUCAGUAGGUUUUGGAGAAGCACAGGAACUUGGGCCAUUUCUUGUGAGAAAAGAUGUACCUCAGCUGGAACUCAACAAGCAUGCUUGGAACAAAGCUGCCAAUUUGUUAUUCUUGGAGACUCCAGCAGGAGUUGGGUUCUCAUAUUCCAACACGACCUCGGAUCUUGAUGUCCAAGGCGAUAAUGCCACCGCACUUAGCGCCUACACGUUCCUGGUAAAUUGGUUUCAAAGGUUUCCACAAUACAAACUGAAUGAGUUCUACAUAGCUGGAGAGAGUUAUGCAGGGCAUUAUGUACCCCAACUUGCAAAAGUGAUAUUCGACAAGAACAAAGAAACCACAGCAGAGGAUUAUAUAAAUCUCAAGGGGUUCAUGAUUGGGAAUGCCCUUCUAGAUUUCGAGACGGAUCUCAAGGGAAUGGUAGAUUAUGCAUGGGGUCAUGCAGUCAUCUCCGAUGAAGUUUACCGAAACAUCAUAAAAAGUUGCAAUUUUAGUGCUGCCACAUUCUCUCAAGAAUGCAAUAAUGCCUUCUUACAAUACUAUGCAGUCUAUGACAUCAUUGACAUGUAUAGCUUAUACACACCACUCUGUGAAAGUGGAUACCCGAACUUUACAACUUCAAUGAUGAUGGCUCAGAGUGAAGAAAACCCCACCUCUAUCUCAAACUUUGAGGACUUGUUGCUGAAGAUACCAGCUGGUUAUGAUCCUUGUUUAGAAACCUAUGCAACAGAAUACUUCAACCGUCAAGAUGUUCAAGAAGCUUUGCAUGCCAAUGUCACAAAAUUGACACGUCCAUGGUCUCUCUGCAGCCGCUCUGUCAAUAGGGCAUGGAAGGAUUAUGAAAGAUCAAUCCUUCCAACCAUCCAAAAACUUGUUGAUGAUGGAGUUCGCAUAUGGGUGUUCAGGUGA